ACAUAACGGAGCUCCGCUAACCCUCCAGCGCGGGACUCUCUCCACAGCGGGUGAUCGCCGCGCUCUAACGGCCUGCACACUCCGCUGCUUUCUACAGGAACCGAGGAGCCCAGCCUUUGUUAUUAUUCACUAUUUAUUUAUCAACAUACGGGAAUCUCAUCAGAAUGGCGAUGUGCUUGUUAAAACGAUUACGGCGACCUGGGCGCUAGUUAAGCCCUCAUUCCUCUUCGUCGUACUUUAUUUAUUACUGUAGGUCUCUUAGUAAUCGAGUUUGAAGUUAAAUAGCCACCAGGAGUGGACGGCUGGACGUGCUGUGAGGUGCGGGUGUUGCUACAGGGUGUUGACUAAAAAGUUAUGGAAAAUGAAGACCCCGAGUCUCCGGAGCAGAUCAGCCACACGGAGAGUGCACGAGGAAACCCACUACCCAAAAAGACACAUUUGACUCAGAUUGAGGUGAUCCCCUGUAAGAUCUGUGGAGACAAAUCAUCAGGCGUUCACUAUGGGGUCAUCACCUGUGAGGGCUGCAAGGGGUUUUUCCGGAGGAGUCAGUCUUCGAGUGUGCAGUAUUCUUGCUCUAGACAGAGUAACUGCCCCAUUGACCGCGCCAGCAGGAACCGCUGCCAGAGCUGCCGCCUCAAGAAAUGUGUCGCCCAGGGAAUGAGUCGGGAUGCGGUGAAGUUUGGCCGCAUGUCCAAGCGUCAGAGAGACACUCUGUUUGCAGAGGUGGAGAGGCACCGGCAGCAGCAGCGUCUCCAGGCCAGCCAAGCGGAGCCCCAGCCUCUGCCAGCGUACCGGCCCAGCAAAGAGCCCAGGGGCCGCUCGCCCCAUGUAAUUCAACCACUGGCCCCAACCUACUCCUACACCCUGGACCAGGAGCUCCCCAGCUGCCCACCAGAAGUGCACCCCUACUUGGGCUGUGCCGCAGGUGAGGCCCAGGCUGCAGCUCUGGCCUACAGGAAUUCUCAGAGAGGCGGGGACAGCAGCAGCUUUUCACCGUCAGGAAGAGGCUUUGAGUCCAGAAGAUCCACUCCCGAGACCAUCCUGAGCUUGCCUGGGAGUGAAAUAGGAUUACGACCUUUUGACCUCGAAGGCUCGUUCUGCCCCUACCCUACCUCAAUGCACAUAGAGGAGCUGUGUGCAAGUAUAGUACGCUCUCACAGGGAGACAAGUCAGUAUCGAGUGGAGGAGAUACACGCUCUCAGAUGGAAGAUUUUCAGUAGGGAGGAGAUCCAUGCUUACCAGAGCAAGUCUGUGGAUGAGAUGUGGCAGCAUUGUGCAGUGAGACUGACAGAUGCAGUGCAGUACGUGGUGGAGUUUGCAAAGCGCAUCCCAGGGUUCCGUCAGCUUGGUCAAAACGAUCAAAUCGCUCUGCUGAAGAGUGGUUCAAUGGAGGUGGUUCUGGUCCGCAUGAGUCGAAUGUUCAACACUGAAAACAGCACAGUCUUCUUUGAUGGAAAGUUUGCUGGAACUGAGCUUUUCAAGUCUCUUGCAUGUGGUGAUUUUAUCGCAGCCGUAUUUGACUUUACUCACAGUCUUUGUGCUCUGAGGCUGACUGAGCAGCAGGUGGCGCUGUUCAGUGCUCUGGUGCUCAUAAACGCAGAUCGUCCAUGUCUGGAGGAAAGAGACAGAGUGCUGAGAGUGAGAAAAGACGUGGAACUGGCCCUCAGUCACAUCCUUCACAGAGACAACCAGGACAGUCUACUGCACAAGUUAUAUCAGAAGGUGUCUAUGCUGAAGAGCCUGUGUGCACUGCAUAUUGAAAAGCUGCGCUGGUUCCGGCAGCUCUACCCUCUCACAGUGCAUUCCCUAUUCCCUCCUCUCUACAAGGAGCUGUUCGGCUCAGACACCGAUAUACAAGCAAUGGCUACUCUCUAACACAUAUGAACACGCACACACUCAGACACAGUACAUUUACUAAUAGAUUAUGUAAUCAGUAUGUCUUAAAUUUACUAUUUACCUUAUGAAUAAGAUGAAUAUAUUUUUGUAAUUCUGACAGGAACAGAAGGUAAUGUCAAUAGCAAUAUAAGUGUUUCUGAGUCUGUAUUUUUGUGCAGAUGCUAUUUUGUAGUGUGAAGCAGAAAUAUUGCUACAAAUAUUAAGCUACUGAGCUGUGAUAGUAGUUUUGAUAGUCUGCACCUUUGAGCUGAAUUUGUGUUUUAUAGGUUGUUCACAACUGAUAAUAUUUGUAAAUGUGAUCAAAAGUUUUUUAUCGUGCUGACAUCCUGAAAAAAAGGUUCUGAUUAGCGGUAAGCCGCUUGCAGUAACAGUGAAUCUUUCCAGAGAGUGGACAGUUGCAUUGAAAAUGAAGUACUUGAAUUCAACACCACAGCAGGUUACAGACAGGGGUGGAAAAUACUUUGUUACUAUACCUAAGUAUUACUUUGGAAGAGUGGUAUUGAUUUGUAAUUGAGUAAUAUCAACAUUGAAUACUUGGACUUUUACUCAAUUACAUUUUAAACAGAAAAAACAUACUUUUUACUCCUUACAUUUUCAUUUUGACUUUCAACAUACAAAGCUGUGAGAUCAGUUGAGUUUCUGUAUGUUUGAAUUUACUGCUUUCAUUAAAACAUCCAGGUAAAGUCCUAUCAGUGUACAAUAAAACAGCCCACAGCUAUGUUAAUCUGUAUUUUUUACGAGGACUAAUCCCACCAAAAAAAUUUUUCUUUUUACUUUUAUAUACUUGAGUAUGUUUAAAUGAUGAUACUUUUUAAAUUUUAAUCUAGUAUCUGUGGCUCCAUACUUUUGAUUGAGUAAGUGCUUCUACCUUCACUUAAGUAUAAUUACUCUGUACUUUUUCCACCCCUGGUUGCUGAGUUUUUGCACAAUUAUAAUAGUAUCAGGUCUCCUCUGACACAUUGCUUCUCCUAAUCCUACAUAGGUAGAAUGUGAAGUGAGGGCACUCUAUCCUUAUUAAAUAACCAUAGCACUGAAGAUUAUCCACUGAUUACAUUGGCAUCAAAUAUUCUUUCUGUGCGAGUGGAACCAAUGUUCUAUAUUAGUGCAUUAUACUUGUUUAUUUCAGUUCGAUCUUCUUUUCUCAUGCUAUGUAAAGAAGUGGAGCAACUACUGGAGGCCAUUAUGUUUUGAGUAAUUUAAUGGGAAUUUCAAUUAUGGAUACUUGCACAAACUGCAUUAAUUAAAAUGUGUUUGACAACAAACAGUUUGACAUAUUACACAACUUUCAUUUCUAAGGCUGGGUCCGGUAUCUGUAAUCCUUCCCCUAAUUUGAAUACAACCUGUGCUCUAAGGGACAACUGUCUUUUCUCCACUAAUGCCUUUUGACACAAAGCUCAUAGAGUCAAAACUGUAUCCAAAAGAUUCCAGACACCCCUUCUAAUUAGUCAGUUCUGCUAGGGGUGGGCAGUAUGACAAUACUUUGUCUUAUCGUGAUUCAUAACUCGUGAUAAGCUUUUCUGAGCAUAUUGUCAGUACUUAAAGAAUUAUUAUUAUUAUUAUUAUUGUUAUUAUUAUAGUAUUUAUAUAAUAUAGUAUUAUAUAAAUGUGGCACUACAGGUUCUGCUUUGUCUGUUUCAACUUGUUAAAUUUUAGAAAAACUAAAAAUAGUGAUGUGAUUUAACAUUUUUUGCCAUAUUGCCCACCCGUAAAUUCAGCUUCUUUAAGGUGCACCCAGUUGCUGAUUCAGGUGUUAAAUUGUGUACACAGAGCUUGUAUAACCUCCAUAGAAAAGCAUUGCCAAUAGAAUGGGACGCUCUGGAGCAGCUGUGUUUAAGGUCAUCAUGCCCAAUUCCAAGUGUUGGCUAGGGCAGGCAUAAAGACCCACGGCAUUGGGCUGUGGAGCACUGGAACAAUGUUAUCUGAAGUGAUGGAGCACCAUCCAGUACUUUUGGGAUGAGUUGGAUUGACGUUUGUGAUUCAGAACUAAUCAUCCAGCAUCAGUACCUGGACCUCACUCAUGCUCUUGUGGCUGAAUACAAUCAAAUCUGCAAAGCAAUAUUCCAUCUAGACUUUCCAGAAAAGUAGAGACCGUGACUGCAGCAAACGUGGGACGAACGCCCUUUUAAAACCCUUGAUUUCAGGAGAAACAUUGGAUGAGCAGGAGUCUACAAACUUUUGGAUGUAAACGUCAACAGUUUCCCUACGUUCAUUAUUCUUGGCUUCAGUUUUGUUGCAGCCCAGUUUAAUCAUUAGGCUACUGAGUAAUUUCAUGCUACCUUUGGCUUUGUUAACAAUCAGUUUCACGGUUUUGAAUAAAGUCAUUGGGCGUAUGUUGUGAGCUUACUGGUCACACGUCCUGUGUUUAAACGCAGGUUUAAAAAGACAGUGUGUAGUCAAAUGCUAGCACUGAUGAGUAUGAUGUAAGAUGACAUACAACCUGUGGUAGCUUUGCCAACAUUAGCAUUUAUGAAUGUUUAUGUAUUGUUUAUAAGAGUGUGAUAUAUGUCUUAUGAGUCUAUCAUCAAGUCCUGUGCUUUUGCCAUUUAACUUAAGUAUUGCUGUGGAUUCUUUUGCUGUGAUUUCCUAGCUGUUGUUUGAUGAAAUUUUUGUUUGUAACUUUGGUUGAUUCUGGAACAUUUAUGCAUUUUGUUUGUUUUGUUUUGAACUUUUAAUCCCCCCUCAAUAACUAUAGCGACGUGCUAUGAUGAGGAAAAGGCAUCAAAUAAAUAUGUGAAAAA